AUGGAAUUAAAACCAGAAACUAAAAUUAAUUUUUAUAAAAUUCCAGUUGGAAUUUUUAAUAAUAUUUAUAUAUUAAAUAUAUUAUGUUUUUUAAUUUUAUUCUUUGCAGCUAUUAUUUUCUUUGAUAAUUUUGAGAUUAAAAAGAAAAAAUUAAAAAAAUUACAAAAACAACAACAUGAAGAACAAGACCAACAACAAAAAUCAAUUAAUUUAAAAAAACACUUGGAAUUGGAAAAACAAGUUGAAGAAUUAGGAAAUGAAAAUAAAAUUAAUAAUAAUAAUCAAAAUAUUAAUAAUAAUAAACAAUUAAAUUUUCAAAUUCCUGAUGAUGUUUCAAAUUUGGAUGAACCAAUUUUUGUUCCAGAACCAUCAACACCAAAAUCAUUAAAUCAAUCACAUUUUAAUAUUAAAAUCAAAAAGAUUGGUUUAAAUGAAGAACUCCAAAAAGAAGAAGAACAUCAACUUUUACCAAUUUAUGAACAUUCUAUUGGUCCUUCCUCAUGUUGUUCAUCACAAUUACAAAAUUUAAAUAAUAUUCAUAGUUUUUAUUCAUCACCAUCACAACCAUCAUCAUCAUCAUCUACACCAAAUGAAUAUUCACCAAAUAUUAAUUCAUUUCAACCAAUUAUUGAUAUAAAUAAUAAUAAUAAUAACAAUAAUUUUAAUAAUAAUAAUAUAAUUACUUCAAAUUUAUUACCAAUUUCAGAAUCAACAACAAUUCAAUUAAAUAAAAUUAUUAAAAUUAAUAAAAAAGAUUUUAAUAAUGAAUAUGGUUUUAUAAGUGGUAAUAAAUGUAUUUUUACAAAUUUUAAUUCACCAUUAUUAAAAGAAUUAAAUAAUAAUCAUUGGGAAAGAAUUAUACCAGAAGAUAUUCAAGAAGUUUUAUUUGAUUUUAAAUUUAAUACUAUUAUUCAACCAUUUUCAUUUCCAAAAUCUGUUAAAACAAUUAUAUUUGGUCAAUAUUUUAAUCAAACCAUUGAAAGGGAUCAAUUACCACCAAAUCUUUUAAAACUUUAUUUUGGAAAUUCUUUUACCAAUGGUGGUUGUAAUUUUGCAAAAUACUCAAUGCCUUCAAAAAUUGAAGAAUUGGGUUUUGGUCAUAGUUUCCACAGAGAAUUAGAUGAAAAUACCGUUCCUUUAUCAGUGAGAAAAUUACAAUUGGGUUGUUAUAUCCAAUAUGCAAAAAGAGAUGAAUUUUUCGGAUAUUGUGGUCGUGGUGGUUAUGAACCAAUUUUAAAAAAAGUUGGAAAAAUUCCAACACAUAUUGAAUAUUUGAGUAUGGGAAAUUGUUUUAAUGAAAAAUUGGAAAAUAUUCCAAAAUCUGUGAAUUUAAUUUUUGUAAAAAGCAACUAUAAAUAUUUUGACGAUGAUAAAAGAUUUUUAGAAAAAAGAGCAAACCAAAAUUGUAUUAUAUAA